GUGAUUCAUACAUACAUGUGAUAGAGAUUUUAUAUACUCGGAAUUUGGUGAGUGGAUGUGAGAAAGAGAAGUUGAGAGAGUUAGAGAGAGAGAGAGAGACAGAGAGAGCGAGAUAUGGGAAGGGGAAGAGUGGAGUUGAAGAGAAUUGAGAACAAGAUCAACCGGCAAGUGACCUUUGCAAAACGAAGAAACGGGCUUUUGAAGAAAGCUUAUGAGCUUUCCGUUCUUUGUUGAUGCCGAGCUUGCUCUCAUCAUCUUCUCCACUAGAGGAAAGUUGUACGACUUCUGCAGCACUUCAAGUUUCCAACCUGGCCACCGCAUCUUCUUCAUCACGACUGCACCUUUCCCAAACAGUUGCCGCCGCCCAGAUCUUCACGACAUUAUUUUCUUUUGACGGGUGAAAACCACAAUCUCCUCCUUGCGUUCACAAUUUCCCAUUUUUCCCUCGCAAGAAAGUGAGACAUCACCGACGACUUGGACAACGUGUUCGACGACGAGGAGGACGAUGCGUGGAAGGAAUGGGGCAAGGAACCUGAACCCUCUUUUCUCCCCUCCGAUAUUUCCAAGAUGGAUCCCUCGUAGAUUCAGGAUGAGAUGAAGAAGCGCCAUGCCGACCCGUCAUCGGAUUCGACAAGCUCCAGUUUGGGGUUCGCCGGACUUCGGUGUUGUUGGUGGUGAGGAAAAAUGGUUUUCUGAUGAGAAGUGGAUGCCACCAAGUGGUGUUCAAGUGGGGACAGUGUAUGGUAAGUUAGGGGACCCCACAACUCCUGGUUGGGCAAGUAGUGGUGGAGAUUGUGAGAGGUUGAGCAAGGAGGAGGUGAAGAAGAGAGGUGAAGUUCCUCUGAUACGUUCAUUGCCUGUGUCAGCUGUUGAUGGGGAGAAGAUAAUGAUGUCACUUGGUGGACCUGUUGCAGAGGAUGAUUGGAAGAGAAGCAAGGAUGCUCCUGAUUACAAGCUUGGACCAGGACCAGGAAUUCUCAACCUUAGUUACAUGGGGCAGGAUGUUAUAGCCACAAUUCAAAAUGUUAUUAGUGCGAUUGAAGGGGCAUAAGAGCCUGAUAGCACAACCUAGAUUGGGUUACCUUUGUGGCGGAGUGAAGAACACUUUCUGUACUGGUUUGGAGAAGUGUUGUCUUCUAUAGUAAGUUGCACCAUUAUCUCUAUCUUUUAUGCUUGUUUUAAAAUGCUACAUUUCUAUUCUAUGAUACUUAAUGUGAUUCAUGGAGAGGUAUAACUAACUAUUCAUGGAGAAACUUUUUGAUUUGAGGAAGAAAAAUAAAAUAUUUGACAUAUCUUAACACUCAGUGUGUAGAUAAUGAUAAUGCUAACACAAUACCUAAUUUCUUUUACAAAAGGGGAUAGCUCACAAAAGCCUCGAGUCCCACAUGUCAGGGACUGAUAUAGGAAUUUAAUAAGAAGCCACAUAAGUGGCAACCAGUAACUUAAUUACAUUUUGUAAUUUUGUUAGAAGGUUAUAGCAUUUGUUAUGCUUUUUAGUUUUUCAAAUAAUAAAUACUUAAUUCAGAGGAAGGGGGAAAAACGAUUCUUAUCGCAGCAAAAACAAUCUUCUUCUCAAAAUUCUUUGGCAUCAUUUCAGAUUCUCCUUUGAAUCUCUAAGAUUUUAAGUUCUUCGAAUAUUUCUAUAUUCCUAGAACUUACUUUAUCAGGGACCAACUUCUGUCAGUGGAAGGGCGUCAGCUUCACAACCAACCGCGUCACCUCAAUCAACAUCACUUCACAAUUGCUCAACGAAGCGCUACCUCCGGAUCUCAACUCCCUAUCCCAAAUCACCUCGCUUUCUCUCCAAGGCAACACAUUCUCCAGCGCAUUGCCUUCCCUUGCCAACCUCUCCACGCUAGAAAUUGUGUUCCUCGGGGGCAACAACUUCACCUCCAUUCUCGACGGUUGCUUCUAAUGUCUCACUAGCUUACAGAGCCUCAACAUGGCAAACAACUUCAAGCUCACUCCAUGGGCGAUUCCUGCCGAGUUGACUCAGUCCUCCAACCUUGUCAAAUUCGAUAUUGGAAGCACAAACCUCAAUGGUACCUUGCCUAAACUAUUUGACUCCCUUGUGAGUUUGCAGGAGCUUUGUCUCUCUUACAACAACCUCAUUGGGAGUUUUCCAAAGACCUUCGCGGUAUCCGGGAUUCAGAAUUUGUGGCUCGACAAUUAGAAACAUGAGGUAUCUAAUAUUCAGAGAUAUUGGCCGAAUAUUCUGAAACACGAGUUCGGGCUAUCGAGUACCAUUAAGGUGCUUGCUCCCAUGACCCAUUUGUCUCAAGUGUGGCUUCAGACCAACUUUUUCAUGGGUCCCAUUCCGGAUUUUUCAAAUUGCAUCACUUUGUUCAAUCUGCAGCUGAAUGACAACGAGUUAACCAGUAAGGUUCCAUCUUCUUUCAUAUCUUUUUUCUAGUUUGCAGAACGUCUCUUUAGAUGACAAUUUUCUUCAAGGUCUCGUUCCUUCAUUUGGAAUGGGUGUGAAGGUCACUUUUGAUUCAAAUAGUUUUUGUAGGAAUGACUCUGGACCCUGUAAUUCUCACGUCACCACUUUGCUUGAUAUUGCUAAACAUUUUGGCUAUCCCUUUUAGUUUGCGAGUUCUUGGUUUUGUAAUGAUCCUUGUGAGGAUUGGAAUUUCAUUGUGUGUUCUAAGGGGAAGAUUGUUACUGUGAAUUUGGCCUGUGAGAAUUUGACGGGAACGAUUUCACUUACAUUUGCCAAUUUACCAAAUUUGAUAAACAUGUAUCUCAAUGAAAAUCAUUUGAGGGAUGAAUACUAGGAGGCUUGACUAAUUUGGCUCAGUUUGAGGUUCUAGACGUAUUUAAGAACAAUUUAUUUGGUGAUUUUCCACAGUUCCCAACCAAUGCGAUGUUAAACACUGAUUUUAAUAUUUUUCUUCAUAUAUUAAAGGUGAUGGUGGUAGUGGAACUACUUCAUUAAGCGGUUCUAGUGAUGAACCAAUGAGAAGUCCAAAUACAACAUCAAGUGGUUUUUCACUCUCUCCUGCUUUGAUUGCAGGUAUUGUGGUUAUUGUUGUGUUUUUUGUCACGGUGGUUGUGCUUGUCUUUUGCGUGUGUCGUACCAAAAACUGACAUUGGACAUUGAGAAAGGUUAAGAAUCUAGAAAACAAAAUAAAAAGUUGUUGUGAAGAUCAUGGAAUGUGGUUCGUAGAGAGGAAGUAAGGGAAUGAAUUGGAAGCAAAAAUUGCAGAGUAAUGUGAGGCACGAGUGCCUCACUUUACUCAGAACAACAAUUUAUGCUUCCAAUUCAUUCAUUCCCUNACUUGCCAUUCUACAAGAACCAAAUUUCACUUAACCUUUCCCAAUGUCCAAAGCCAGUUUUUGUCAUGGCACCUGCAAAAGGCAAGCACAACCACCGCGACAAAAAAGACACCAAUAAACACAAUACCUGUCGUCCAAGCAGGAGAGAGUGAAAAACGACCAUAUGUUGCAUUUGGACUUUCGAUU